CGCAUAGCAAAGAUCAGAGUCAGAGAAAUCAAACAGUAUAAUUCAAUUUUAGAGAGAGAGAGAGAUGGAGGCGAAGAAAGCAGCAGCAGGGACGUCUCUGGAGUCGUUGAUGUCUUCGUUCAACACUCGCAUUGCCGAGCUUCAAGACCUCGUCAUUGCUCGCAACAUGUACCCGGCGACAAGCGUAACGGAUUUGUCAGCGGUGGACGCAGCAUUGAAGGGGAUGGAGCUUCAGCUCCACUCUAUCAAGGACCGCUUGCGUGACGAAACCCUCGCCAUUCCUAAAGCCAAAAAAAUCAUAGAUGCAUCACUGCGACAGCAGAAGAAAUUGCAGAGUAUGUCUGUGUAUGCUCCGUCAUAUUUUCCAGAAAGAACAACCACAAUCUUGGAAACUAAUAGAUGUGUCAGUUUGAUGUCCGAAUUCUCCAAACAAGAUCUGGGUGUUGGGUCUUUAAAACUUGAGGAAGAGCCAGCAGCAUUACCUAAGGAAAAAAAGGGUCGUGGCUCUCCACCCUUGUGGCAUAUAACUGCCAAUGAGCUGGAUUCUCUGUCAUCAUACAUGAGAGGAAGGCUGACACUAGAGAAGGUCAAUGCAGCUAUUAAUGACAUGGCAACUUAUGCUGAAGCAAAUGCUCAUCUUAUUUCAGCUCCAAAGAAAAAGCUGGCAGAAAAUCACUGGGAAAAAGCCCUGGAACUGAGAGAUAUUGCUAUGACAGACGCUGUAAAGGGAAAACACUUUUUUCUUGAAAAUGACAUAAAAGGGCCAGCACUGAAGCUUGACAAUACUGGAAAAGCAAUACUGACUGUCCUUCGUCACCUUGGUCGCAUAAGUGAGACUCGAAUUGGACAUCACCGUGUGAUUAUUCUUUUGAAGCCUCAAUGAAGCCUUGAUCUAGCUAGCUAGUUACAUUAUUAUUUACUGAGUUUUGGAGCUCACUUUUUUUCUUUUCUUUAUUUCAAAUUAUGAGAGAUAGCUAGCUCAUAAGACUUUUCAUUAUGGUGCUAUGUGGGAAGAGCAUUAAGACUAUUUUCUUUAAUGUUAGUUUACUUUUUCGUGAUUAUUGAUAAUGUGGAAACUUGUGUAAAGCGUUUCUAUUGCUACAUGUGUAAAUUGUAAUCAAUCAAUCAAUCAAUAUA